AAGUGGCCAGAGUCUGGUGACCCCACCACCCUCCCAUGCCAAGGCUGGCAGGACCUCCUCUAGGUCUCACAGCAGCCCAUUCCAGGGGCUCCAGUGCCUGCUGGAAUGCCAGGUCUUGCUGGGUCCAUGUGGAUGGGGUACUACCACCUACAGGCUGUGCCCAGAUGUGGAGACGGAGGCUCCAAAGGGCAGAGCUUGAGCCCUGGUUGGCGGGCAUGUCUGGAGCUGACUUGGCCUGGUCAGACCCCAGCCCAGCUUCCCUCCCUUACAGGGGUCCUGCCUGGUGCUACCCUGCCAGCAGUGCCUGGUUUCCCGGGGAGGGGGGGCAGUGUUACAUCUGGGGGUGCAGGCUGACUAAGUGGUGAUUGGUCCAUCAGGAUGGAGAAGCGUCCAGAGGAGGAGAGAAAGGUUGGAGGUAGGGAGAGGUGGGCGUCUGGGCCCCCUUCAUCUUUGGAGACAGGAAAGGUGCUGGAGGGACGUGGCAGAAGUGGUCAGGUGGUCCUCUGGAGGAGCCUAGACAGGGAUUCCCAAAGGCCUUAUCCAGGGACAGGCGUCUCAGGGAGGCCUGGGAUCCACAAUACGCAGAGACUGUGCCCCCCGCCGUCCCCCGCCAGCCUUCCUGCUUCUCCAGGUGGGUAACUGACGUCUGUACCUGUUGGGGCAGGUGGAACAGCCUGAAGGGAAGCAGAGGGACCUGUGGGAGCAAAGGCCUGGCAGCUGGGGCCCGGAGGGUUCUGGCAGCACAGGUCUGCGGUGGGGUUCCCAGAGCCCAUGGGUACAGACGAAGUUGGUGGACAACCAGGUUAGCCAGGAUGAACGUGAACGGGCCCUGGGCCUCCACUGAGACUGAGGUGGGGGGCUUCCCCGUGGGCCUGGGCCAGGGGCUGGAGAGACCAGGUUCCUUGGCUCAAAAGGAAGGAGAGGGAGCUGAGAAACUGGCAACUAUUACUGUAAGUGAGGAGGGGCGGGCCCAGAGCCCAAGGCUUCCAACUCUGGACCCCAAGUUCGUAUUUAAUUUCCUCCCUACCCCCAAGAUGGAACAUGAGCCAUGUGCGGCAUGUUCCCAGGUCUAGGACUGUCCUUGAGGGUCUCCUGAGCUGGUGGAAUAUGGGGAAGGGGAGGGGAAAAAAAUGAUGGGGAGGGUGGGGCACCGACCUGGCAGAGGCCUCUCUCCCUUCCCCUCUUGUUUACCUGCCUCUGGGAAGGAGAGGGCAAGUGGAGAAGGAGUUCUAGGGUAGAAGGCAUGGGUGAAAGGACAGAUUGAAGCGGGGGACUCAUCCCCUGGAGGGAGCCAAGGCAGGUGUUGCCUGGCCUGGAACUGCCAAAAGGGGCUUCCAGAACCAAGGAUGGAGGAGGUGAGGGACCCCGGACACAGCCCGCCAGGGGACCUCAGGAUCCAGCCAGGCCUCCCCUUCCACGCCUUGUCCAGCCCAAGUCCCGCCCGCUGCACCCCUGACUCACUUCCUUUUCAAAGAAGCGGAAACCUCCCAGAGCUUCCUCCGUGACUCGGACGCUCCCCAGGGACCCGCAGGUGUCCGCUACACUCCAGGCCCCCCGCCCCGCCUGCCCCUCGCCCCAGGGAGGCAGGCAUUUCCGCUUGCUGAGUCCGAGGCCUGGCGUGUGGAGCCGCAGCAGGCGGGGCCGGGGGCCCGGAGCCUGACGCAGCUGCAGGGACGAGACCUGCAUACCGAGUGCCGCCCCCGAGCCAUGGACCCGAUCAGCCCGGAGCCCGCGGCCCCCCGCGCCCCUGACCCGGGUGUGAUCGCCCCCGUGCGCGCCGUGCUCCGCCUGCGCCGCCGCGUGUGCCUCCUGCGCAAGCGCCGCCUGCUGCUGCCCGGCGCGGGGUCGGCGGGCGCGGGGCCGGCAGACCGGGGCCCGGAUGCGGUGCCCGGGGCGUCGCGCUCGGGAACCGACCAGCCGCUCUUCUUCACCUUCGACGGCGCCGCGGAGCUGACCUCGAGAGCGCCGCGCAAGAGGCGCCGGCGCAGCCGCGUGGUGCUGUACCCCGAGAGCUCGCGCAAGUACCUCCCGCGCGCCGAGCGCCGGAGCCGCGCGCAACGCUGCCUGCUGCUGCUCGUGGCGAUCGUGGGCUUCCAGGUUCUCAACGCCAUCGAGAACCUGGACGACAACGCCCAGCGCUACGACCUCGACGGGCUGGAGAAGGCGCUGCAGCGCGCGGUGUUUGGGCAGCCGGCUGCUGUGGGGCGCAUCGUGGCGCUGCUACGGGACUACCUGGCCACGCACGUGCACAGCCGCCCGCUGCUCCUGGCGCUGCAUGGGCCCAGUGGCGUGGGUAAGAGCCACGUGGGCCGCCUGCUGGCACGCCACUUCCGCGCUGUGCUCGACGACGGUGCGCUGGUGCUGCAGUACCACGCGCGCCACCACUGCCCUGAGCCAAGCGCUGUGAAGGCCUGCCGCGAGGAGCUGGCGAGGCGCGUCGCGGACGUGGUGGCCCGGGCCGAGGCCGAGGAGAAGACUCCGCUCCUCGUCCUGGACGAGGUGGAGGCCAUGCCGCCCGCGCUGCUGGACGAGGUGCACGGCUUCCUGCAGCCACAGCGCUCACACCAGUUCCACAGCGCCAUCUACGUGCUCCUCAGCAGCACAGGCGGCGGCGAGAUCACCCGCUUCGUGCUUCAGAACGCCACCCGCGCGCUGCCCCUGCGCCCCAACGGUGGUCCCGACAGCGGCCCCGGAGACCAGGCGGAAGAGGAGCUGCGCGCCAGCCUGCGGGUGCUCCUAGCCCGCGAGCACCCGCUGUGGAAGGCUGCUGCCAUCGUGCCCUUCCUGCUGCUGGACAAGUGGGACGUGGUUAAUUGCUUCCGGGACGAGAUGGCCGGGGAGGGCUUUUUUCCUGAGCAGGCCCGCGCGGAGCGCCUGGCUGCGCAGCUCAGCUACUACCGCGUCGCCGGCCGCGAGUACGCCGUCACCGGCUGCAAGCAGGUGGUGGCCAAGGUGAACCUCUUGUAGCGUAGGUGCAGCUGGACACAUGGAUCCUAGUGGGCACUGCAGGACAUUUGGGAUGGUGGUGGCAGCAGGAGAGACUCACCCCAGGCCACUGAGGCCUCUAAUAAACCUGUGGAUGCGCCCCUGGAGCACUCAGAGCUAGGGAGACUGGUGGAGUGGUGGGUCAAGGUGCCCUAGUCUGAGGUCUCCACUUCCAGCUGGGGAAUGGCCCUCCAUUUGGUCCUUAACUUGGCCACUAUCCCUUAGAGACUGCUGUGUGCGGGCACGUUCCAGGAGGAUCUGGUGAGUUCUUACACCACCCCAGAAGGUGGACAGUCAUCCUGUGUUGGAGAAGAUGAUCUCAGAGAGGGCGAGUGGCGCCUGGUCACUCAGCUCAUUCUCUGCAGAACUGGGAUUUUAACCCAGCUCUGUGGAGUGCUUGUGGCAACCAUCAUUGCACACUAUGCACACACACCAGCCCCCUACCCACUUGCUGGGGGUAGGGGCAAAGACACAGCUCUGGGAUGGUCUAGAUUCCAUGAAGACAUUCCUCAAAGGCAAUUGGGGUGCUCCAGUGGAGCCUGACAUCGGGACGCAGGGACAUAGCAGGUUGACUGUGGUCACAGGUGGGCCUGAGUGGGGAGCCCUGACUCUCCGACCCAACCUGGCCCUGAAAGAAGAAAGGUGCCCCUGCAGGGAGGCCCUUGGACAGGCGCUGCAGACGUGCAGAGCCCUGGCCAGGGUUCCUCCUGGUGCUGGGUUAGGGGAGGGCCGUGGCUUUGGAGAGGACGCCCAAUGUGGGGCGGAAGUCCACAGUGACGACAGCACUCGGGGUCCUCAUCCCACAGUGCAGGAGCUGUUUGGACAGCC